AUGUCAACUGAGGAGGCUACGGUGGCAACAAGGACUUCAUUAUCGAAGUUCGAGAUUGUCCUGUCGUGCAAUCCACCGAUCCUUGCAUCGUUUCUCCUCCACGCACCGACGACCACCAUAUUUCAGCUCUAUCACACCUCUAGCUAUCUACGACAGUUCCUGCGCUCUUAUCCAACUGCCUGGAAGUACCUCUCCUUUCGAUUACUCCAACCAUCUCCUACACCUCCUCCCGCAGCCGCCAACGUUCCAGGUGCAAAUGGCUCGGUUGCCAGACAGUCUCGGAAUUAUGCCCUCGAUCAGCUCCUCCUGAAUGUGGUCAACCCGUACAGCAGCUGUUUGAAGAGCCUGGAACUUGACAAUACUGCCGUCAGCGGCCAAAUCCUGAUAUCGACUGUGCUCAGCCAGCGGAGGGAGACUCUUGAGCACCUGUCAAUCCGAGGCUGCAAAAAUGUAUCUUUGAAGUAUCACAUCGUUCCAUGGCUCACCCUCUUCAGCCUGCAGAUGGGAGGACAGAGUGGGAAGGCGGUCAUUAGUCCGGGGCACCAGGAGCUCGCACUGAAAAGCUUAUAUACCUACAGAUGUCGACAUCAUCGGAGACGCCCAUAUUUGCCCAGCUCACUCACGAGAAAGGACAGUGAUUCAGAACCCACACACGAGCUUGUUAUUCUAUGCCAUCAGCUUGGAAUAUGGACGGAUACAGCCUGGUGCACAACACCUGGUGUGAGAUGUUUCAGGAGGAGAGGAUACGUCACUAUGAGAGCACCCGCCGAUACGAAAGAGGUAUGGGUGGUAUACGAUCGUUUGUGGAGAAGUAAGAACUGGGUUGGAUUGAUCGAGGACAGAAACGAGGCAUCACGUGUUAAGGCCCCUGCGCAGAGAGAUGGAAGGGUCUGGGAACAGGAUGAGAAUGGAACGGAGGGUGAAGCCCUUGGCGUUGGCAAUGACAAAGUUCGGUAUGACGAUGGGAAACAUUUACCAAUGCAUCUUCGGAAAAGUCAUUGCGAGUUUGUAGAGGCAGUGACAUGCGACAACUGCUCAUCUGUCAUAUUGGAAAGAUGCGAACAAUGUUCGGUGUUGAUGCACUGUGCUGGCUGCAGGAAGACUCUUUGUGCAAGCUGUGCAUUCGAUAGACCAUACACGCGAAAUCGGCCUGGAGACGCAGAGCUCGAGGAAGGCCCCGGUGAGGAGCGGAAGGACAAAUUCUGGUGGGCACCAGGAUACUCGAUAUCCCCAUGCUCAAUGCAAGAUCAAGACGACACUGCAAAUGGCAAUGGUCCAGUCUUGCAACUUCCAAAUCCCUCGUCGAAGUUCAAGUGGUGUUGUACAGAACCUGUCUUUUCAGGCGGUGGUGGCAUCACAUUUGGACCAGGCAACAGCGGUCGAGAUUUUGAGCGCAUGCGAGCAGCUCCGUUACCGAAGGGCGAGGGUUGGGAAGACGCAGAAUUUCAUUCUGGCCGCAGGGCUGAAAAAGAGGCCUAUCUUGCACAAGAGAAAAUACCCAGUUCACGGAUUCGGCUCAACAAGACUGACCAUUACGAUGUCAUGCAUCAGCUGCUUGGCCCCGAAAAGCAACCAUCUCUAGUGCCGCGCAAUCUUUGUGACGAGUGCUACGCAUCCAAGCAUUGGAAAGUCAAAUGUAAAGCCUGCUCCCAAUCGCUAUGUCUACAGCAUGACCUUCGGGGCCUCAAGAUGCGCCUCUGCGGAUAUCGAGACUUGGCAUCGGAGAAGGAAGCGUUGAAUAGACGGCAGAAAUCAAUUGAGACCAUGGAGCUUUCUCUGGAGCGAUUGAAAGGGUUUAUUCCCGCGUGCAAUUGGUCAGGCGUGCCCGACGUCUGGCACAAGGAUCGUUACGAACGACUUCGCGGCCUGGCAAGAAGUUCUGAGAUCGAUGAUACCGACAGCACCAAUGCAGAGCUUGGCCAGGGACCACGUCUUCCUGCUUUACAAUCAAGCACUACAGAACAAGCAGUUCUACACUUGCCAGCUGCCACACCCAGUAACCAUAACGAAAACGACAGACUCAACAGACCCACCUCUCCAAGCUCAAACGCAACCGCUGCUGCAUCGCGCUCUACCUCACCGGCUCCAUCUGUAGACUCUGUCACCAUACCCACUCCUACCCCCGAAGAAGCCCCUGAGAAACAGGAGGAUGGUAUAGAGCCGCAUCCAAAAUGGAUUGGUUGUCUCGGCUUCGCUUGUCCACAAUUUCGCGGGUCAGGGGAUCAUCGACAGCGUUGCAGUGCUUCGUUUAAAGAGUGUGCGGGCUGCAAAGUCAACGUUUGCAAAGAAUGUGCCGACAAGAUGCCAAAACCUUGUAGAUGUGAGGGCUGCGUCGAAAGGUCACUUGUAGGUACUGCUAAUCCGACGACAGCAGCGGUGACCGCGGUCAGUGCGACUAUCAACGGCGUCAUCGUCACGGCACACGCGGCUCAUACUGUUACAGCAAGCACGAGUACUAUUGGUAUCGAGACGAACAGAUUUUGGUGCCCAAAUUGUCGGUGGGAACGCGUACGAGGCGGGAGGUGUAAAGCUGGCCGGCAGAGGAUAACGACGAAGGGCAAGGGCAAAGGUAAGGACAAAGGUAAGGAAAAGGGGAAGAGAAAGUCUCAAGGGUCGUCGGAAGAGACAACCAGGCCUGCACCGGCUCCAACAGGCAUUGAUGACGAGACAGCGCAGAACGUCGCGGAAUUCGAGGACUUAGUGGCCAGAGGAGAUGAAGCAUUACAUGCUGAGCUCAAUGCUGUUUCUGGUCCCCCCGAUAGUGUGCCGAUGGCAGAUCCAUCUUCGAUACCAGCGCCACCACCGCUACCUCCUCCAAUGCAGCCGCGGGUUCAGGGUCCUGUUACUGUUUCGAUCAAUAACGCUCAACAUCCCAGCACCAACAAUGCCGAGGAGAGAGAUCUGGAUAGGAUCAGCGCUAUGGUCGAUGAUCUGCAGACAAGAAUCGAGAGAUUGAGAGUCGUCUACGCGUCCAGGCGACAGCAGUCAGAGCAGUCUGAUGCGGGUGACGUAAGCUCUGCAGAACGCUCUGCAGAACGCUCUGAGACUGUUGAUGGCAAUGGAGACGGGGGGUCUCUUGCCGCAGUUGAGGCUGAGGAGAUGGAUUGA